AUGAAGAUGCUCAAGCUGAACUACUACCAUGGAGAGAUAUUCGAAAAGUACAAAAUCAACACCGUGCUGUUGGCACUGGUAGACAAGCACAAGCUGCAAAAUGAAAGCAUCGACUUUAACGAACUGAGCAACAGGAAGAACAACUACAGCAUAAUGGCCCUCUUGGGCAGCCAAAUCAAGAAUUUUAACGACGAUGUAUACAAAGACAUCGACACGAAUGAUAUCAUCUUAGCUCUCUCCAAGUUGAAACAAAUCGAUGAACAAAUCACAAUAAACGAAAGCCACAACAAAGACUACAUUUUGGAGAUGGCAGAGCAGAUGUACUAUGAGUACUCCCAGAAGGGACUCAUCAACAAUGAAAAUUCUUUCCAUUUAAAGGACAAGGAAAACUUCAUGAGCGUGAACUUGCAACUGAUGAAUGAAAUUAACGCAGGGAUUAGGAGUUACCAGAACAAGAUCCCCUAUUUGCGUUCCUAUAGGGAAGAAAAAUAUCAGACGGGGGAUGCUUUACUUCCUGUCGGGGGAGCUCCACACCAUAAUGGGGACGCUGAUAAUUACAACAUCUCUGGGUUGAUUGAAAGGGAGGAUUAUUACAGCGUGAAGGAAAAUGAACAUGCGGAUGAUAGAGGGAGAAACCUGUUGGGUAAAAAUACCUACCCGGGUAGGAAGAACAGCCAAGUCUUUGCGAACAGGACUGACGAGCACGACCCGGUGGAUGAAUUGGGGCCAAACGAGGAUGACAGGCCUGUGGGCGUCGUCCGUGGCGGCAAUGCCACAGAAUAUGGAGCCGAAAAGGGCCUCUGCAAUGCCGGUGGUAAUGGGAAGAUCAACCUGUAUCAGUACCGAAAGGAGGCGACGAACAGCACCCACUGCAACAGCGUUGAAAAUGUGAAUGGCCCCAGCGGGGCAAGCAGGCGGAGCAGCCUGAACUUUCUUGGCGAAGAGGACGGUGACCGUACCCAUAUGAUCGGGGUUGACCAUGUUAGCGGUAUUAAUGAUGACCGUGGUGAGCUCCUAGGAGAACGCAGCGCGAGGAACAGCAGCAACAAUCGAAGGAGAAGCAGCCUCAGCAACGCGACGCGUUAUCACCAGGGGGAACAGGAUCUGCUCAGAGACCCAGCGAAAGGAGCCUAUUUGAAGAGGGAGAUGGGACUGGCGAGACUAUCUGGGCCUACCGACCAAGCCAGAAAAACAGCGCAAUACGAACGAGAGGAAGAAGACAAUAGUUUGACCGAAAAUAACCGCAGGAAUAGUGCCCUCAGCAAUGCCCAAGAUUUAGGCCUAGCGAUGGAGAAUGAGACAACAACACACAGGAGGAGAAGUUUUUACGAUGCGGACCAUGCCAAUAGAGUCAACUCCAACAUGUGGGGCCACCGGAAUACGAGGGCCCAUGCAAGUGGAAGCGGCAAAGGGAGAUUUGAAAAAAAUGGCGAUCUUCUACGCAAGGAGGAUUUAAACUACUAUGGAACCGAGUCGAAGCGAGCCAUGAGUAAUAUUAACAACAUUAUGGGUGCAUACCACGCUGGGGGGAAUAAUAUGCCUAGGGCGAAAUUAACUGCGCAUGGCAAUAUUUUCACCAAAAAGGGCCUUAACAAUAAUGUCCGAAAUGGGAGCAAUGCCCCAAACAGCGUCCUCGAAAAUAUUGACAAGGCUGAACAAGAAAUCGUGAACAACCAUUUGAAGAAUUCGCUAACACAGAACGAAUACGUCGCGCGCAGGAUGAGUUCCAUCUUGCUAAAUCCAACCAUGCCACAGAAGGAAAUCUUUAGCAACAGAGUUGUUCCCCCGUAUGACCAGCAUGGAAAGCAUGGAAAGCAUGGCAAGAUGUGCCAGCAAAGUGUAACAAAAUUUUCUCCGAGGAAUCCAUCGAAUGGUAAUAACUACACAGGGGAUCUUUCUUUGCACAAAUACAGCGCAGUCGGUCAGAGAAAGAAUUACACCGCCGAUACGAACAACAACAGUAGCUUCAUCGUAAGUAACAGCGUCAACAAGAAUAACACGUCUGAAGAGGACUCCAUCAUUCACGUGAUUGGAGGAAGGGGAGGAGCGGACCAUGAGAAUAAACAGUUCCUUGUGAGACCUAGAAAUAGCCUCUUCAUGAGGGAGAGAAACAUGCACUUCAACUCUGUGGAGCGAAAUAACGGCUCUAACACGCCGCUAAUAAAUAUGGACAGUGUGAGUAACUUCUCGCGCAACGUUCCGAAAUCGAUUGAAUCGAAUUUAAACAUGUACACAAAUAAACACUCACGGGCGCUGGACAUAAAUGACCUGAACAGCAAUGCCAGUCGAAACUACGUGAAUAGUUCGAACAGCUUCAAAAGCGACUUCACAGCGAUGCGGGAGAACUACGUCAAGAUGAUGGAUCGUUCCAAGUCGCUCACGUCGCAGAUUUAUCGGACGCCCGUUGCGCAGCGGUACAUGUAG